AUGUUACGAUGCCAUGGACACCUCCGUCAAUCAGACGCUCACGCGGAAGCACUCCUAGGAGCUCCAGAACCAGAAGGCGGGAAGGCGAAAAUGUUCACCAAAAUUGUUUGCGUGAUCUACCAUCGAUACGGUGACAAAGAAAGCCAUGGCUCGCCCGUCGUCGACCUAGUAUUCAAUGGGCUUGACCCCGAGCACCGGAACCUUUUCGCCUCCAUUGGCAAAGACCAAGUUACCAUCUAUGACGACGAACACAUGGGCGAUUUUCUGGGUGUUGUCGUACAGUACGUCAACAGCCCUAGCACGCAUCACCGUGGAGGGGACGUGACCUGUUGCGCCUGGGUUCAGAUGUCUGGACUUACGGGGCACGAGCUGGGAGAUGCAUGUCUGGCGGUGUCGGGUCCUGAAGGUGUCAUUCAGGUGAUCAGUGUGGUGGAGGGCCGGGUGAUCUCCCUGCUGAAAGGUCACCGCGGGGAGGUGGUGGAGCUCCGCGGCUGUGCCGGGGUGCCUGGGCUGCUGGUGUCGCUGGGUUUGGACGGCGGUCUGCGGCUCUGGGAUGUGGCGGAGGGCACCUGCCUUGCGGAGAUGGCCUCCGACGCCGCCUGCCUGGAGGUGCAUGCGGAGGGCAGCUGCUUCUUCACCGGGCACAGAGGCGGCCGCAUCUGCCGCUGGGAUCUAAAUCUACAUGCAGAUCAGAACCGGAAUCUGGAUCCGGAUCCACCAACACACGCCGAUCGUGACGACCCAAAUGGACCGUCGCCAGCCGCCGCAUAUCGGGAUGCGGCAACAGGCGGUGAUGCUGCUGCUGCUGCCGACGGCGGUGGCGCGGCGGCGCCAUCAGGGGUCGCUGUCGUACCAUGCGGCGGCGCUCCAGGGGCUCACGUCCGCCGGCCCCUAGCACUCCGUGGUCAUCCGCCAGCCCCCCAGCAGCUGGCUCUACCCGGCAAUCCCCUGGGGGAGCUUGUGGAGUGUUUGCGGUGCAUGCCGGGGGGCCGGCUAGCGGCUAAGUCGUCGGACGGGCGACUGGCGGUGUGGGACUUGGGUCGCGGAGUCCAGUUGCUGUCUCUGCGGGUGCCGGGGACGCACUCGGCGGCGGUGGCGGGAGGAGGCGGAGGUGCGGGGCUGGGCGCGGCGGCGGCGCUGCGGAGCGGUCGCUGCCGGUUCAGCGUGACUCGCGAUGGGGAUUUCAUAUGCGUUGGCAAUCCCGCGGGUGACGUGUACGUGUACGACACCGCCUCGGGCACACGUGCCGCCCAUUACUCGGCACAGAAGGCGCGGGGCCCCGCCCGGGCCGCUGCUCUGUCGGAGGAUGGGCGACACCUGCUCACCGUCCACGGCAAUGGCUACAUCCUACGCCGAUGGAGCACCCUUCGUGAGCAGAGUGUUAGCCUGGCGGGCGGUGAUCUCACUAACCUACUUUUCGUUGACGAUGUGUCACUGGUAGCGACAGGGCACGAUAGAGCUGAAUGCCUUCUGGGGCUACUCGAAGCCUACUGCAAUGCGACGGGUAUGGCCGCGAAUGCCGCCAAGUGCGAGGUCCUCAUUUUUGGGGGUGCUACGCGUGAGCGGAAGCGGCUUGUUGAAGCUGAGUACCGGUACGAAUACAUCCGUAAGCUGCAAGAGCAGAAGAAGCUGCGCGACAGGACCGCUGCUGCAGCUGCUACAGCCUCCGCGACGCCGGAGCCGGAGGAUGUGGUGCAGACAGGAGGUGAAGCCGGGGAGGACGGGGGGGCUGACGGCGGCGCUGCGGACAGCUCCAGGGAAGUUAGUCCGGACACCUUCACGGAGGAUGAUACGGGAGCUGCGGCCGCGGCGGCGGCGGCGCUGGUAGGUCCAGGGAUGGGCACCUGCACAGGGGGCCCGGGGGGGGCGGGGAGAGCCCUGGCGGCGGCGAAACGGCCGAGGUCGACGGAGGGGGAUGCGAUGGGAACCGGCGGCAGCGGCAGCGGCGGUGGAACGGGUAGCGGCAGCGGCGACGAUGGCAGUACGGCUGAUGGGUCGAGCGGCGGCGGCGGGGUCGGGCGGCGGUUGAAAUUACGUGUGCGGCUGGGGCCGAGGGUUGGUAACAACGGGGCCGUGGCGGAGAGCGGCACAGAAGCUGCUACUGCUGCUGCUGCGGCGGCGGCUGUAGCUGCGUCCCUUCGGUCUUCCUUUGCGGAGCGCGAGACGAGUCCGGAUGCAGAGUGUUCUCCCGGAGUCUUGGUGUGA